GUUUCAGUUCCUUGUUUGUAAAGUGGAAUGAAUGAUGCAUCUCCCGAUCUAAUAAAUUUCUACUGAGCAGCACUGGGUGCUCAGUAAACGGGAGGAAUGACUAUCAACGUCCAAUAAUUUAAACAGAAAUUAAAGUACAUUGGUCAAGGUCUGUCCCCUGGGCUGUAGAUUAAGAUGCUGGCCUGCUGGUUUUUUCCUAAAUUGUAAACAGCCAUUUUGGAUGAGCAAUAAAUUUUCAAGUUAUGAUUCAGAGAGGGGUUUUAUUCUUCGCUGACUACCCCUUUCAGGCAAACUUCGGCCCCUUAGAUGUUCUUAGGAACACUUAGGUUGAUUCCUAAGUGGAAAAUUAUGUCCUGGUCUGUGAGUCACAGGUUUUUCUAGGUGGGGAUUGAUGUUAAGAAUGGAGAGGCCCAGGUGGAAUCAACUCGGGGUAGGGAAAGGGAAGCCAAGUUAUAUCAGAGGCUUGGUGGGGGCCAGGGAGAUUUGAUUUCUGCAAAUCUGGGGAGCCAAGCAGUUAAAACUUCCUGACCCCUCUAGCAGGUUAAAAUUUGGCCAAUCAGAAGAAGCUUCAGAUUAAGGCAGGGAGGGUGACCAAUGAAACCUUUCUGUGAAUCAGAAUUGCCUGGUGGUUGUUAAGGCCCUCUCACUGUAGAGGAAGUGAGAAGCUGGAACCUGGGGCAAAUUUGAGAGAGAUCAUGGGAGAUGUUUUGGGAGUUGGAUUGGCUGGACGCUCUGAGGACAGUAGAGCCUGCAGUGUGGAGGAGGAGAAAUCACCUGGCUUUGCCUCCUUUCCUUCCUUCCUCUAAGAGUGCUGGUUCCAUUAAUGCAGAGGCUACAGGGGAGGUGAUUGGGGUGAGGGGUGUCUACUUGUGGGGCACUGGGGCAAGGCACUGGGCUUGUCUCCCCAACCCAUCGUCUUGAUUGCCACACCUGCUGGACAUGCUGAGAAUGCCCCAUCUCCUGGGCUCUGAUGACCUUCUGGGUCAUCUCUGGCCUGCCCCAGGCUGACUGAAAGUGUUUUAGCUUAGAACUUACCAGAUUUUGUUCUUCUUUGUAGGCAUUAAAGAUUGGUGCACUUUUGGAAAAAUGAAGCCUCUAAUUCCUGAUGUGACAGGAGUAAGAUUUGCUGUCCUGUCCUGAGUCAAGCAAGUCACUCAGAUCCUGACUCCUUAUUGGGGGAAACUACAGUGAUGGAAACCUUAAAAUCUAAGAACAAAACCAGGGUCCUUCCCUGCUGGAUGACAGCCCAGGUGUCUGAAAGGAGGGUGGUGCCAGUGAAGACCCCCAAGCGGAGAAGAAUGGUGACAGGGCCAGCAGUAGCAGCAGGAACUCCUGCCAUGAAGACUGUGUACUGCAUGAAUGAAGCAGAAAUGGUGGAUGUGGCUCUGGGGAUCCUGAUUGAGUGCCGUAAACAGGAAAAGCCCCAGGAGCAGUCACCUCUGGUGGACGCUGAUAAGCUGGAGCUCUCUCCCAUCUGCUCUGUGUCUCCUCACACAAGUUCUCCUGGGAGCAGCAGCGAGGAAGAGGACAGUGGGAAAGACAAGGCUGCCUGGGGCCUCCACCCUUCCCAGGGGCAGGGGACUUCCAGCUCUACAUGCAGAAGCCCCAAGGAAGCGGAGGAGGAAGAUGUGUUGAAAUAUGUCAGGGAGAUAUUUUUCAGCUGAGGAUAAACAGCUCGCUGGACUCUCUGCGGAGAGCAGCAGGAAGAGGCGCUGUUGCCCCUCACCCCCACCCCUAGGGUACAGAUGUGGCUGCCUGUGUGCCCAGCUUUGCACCUCCCUGGGCCUGGCAGAUUCAUCUUAGAUCAGAAGCUCCAGGUGCCCUGGGCCUCCUGGGGGCUGCUGUUUUCAGUGUGACAGUGAGGACCCAAACCAAAUUCCCAUUAGUUUCUCCUCCCACUGCAUCCCACCUGGCACAGAGGGAUAGAAUCCCAAUUGUCUGUCUUAUUGUAGAGAAAAUGAGGUCAUGGGGUCCAACUUUUAAGAACCCAAGAGACAAUCAUUUUCAAGGAAAAGUAUGGCUACUGAAUAACUGUGAUUCCCAGGCUUUUGUAGCAUGAUCCCUCCCCAUCAGAGGCCCUCGACCUCCAGCUUUGAAGACACGAGCUGCCCAUAGUUCCUGCUCCACCUGGGAGGGUGAGACUUUCCAACCAGAGACUGGUAAGCCAGACAGGCCGCCUUGAGCUGCUGCCUCUCUUCCACCUGGAAGCCUCUACCUUGGUUCCUGGGCAGGUUUAAAGUGCGAGAGGAUUGGGAGACCAUACACUAAGGACAAAAGAUGACACCAGAGUCCAAGUUUCUGCCUCUGUAUUCAGUGUGGCUUUGGAAAGGCACAGAAGGAGUAAACUGUUGCCAUACAGGUUUCCCAACAUACAGGUGCCAAAAAAUACAGAGUUCUCCAGUGCACAAGUUGUUGUGCUUCUGUCCUUUCCAGUUCUGGGUGGAGAAGUGAGGGGAUGUAGCACCUGUGUGUGGAUCCAUUUGGUUCAGUCCAGCCUCUCCUGCCCAAGGAUCAGGAGCAUCCUGCCCCUCCCUCCAGGGUCACAAUGAUAGGAAUGCUUGCCAGCUGAUUCCUGCUUCGUCCUUUGUGGAGGGACCUUCCAAACCUAGUUUUCUUUAUGCCAUGUGUGUUCUGUCUGUUGGGUCCCUCAGCCGUUCCUGGGCCAUGGGGGUGGAGUCCUGGUGAGGGGCUUAUUGCAGCAAGCCACUCCUCACUGAGGGAGGAACUAAGGCUUACUACUAGGUGCCCUUUCAUAGUGGUCCUGCUUGUUCCCAUAAACCUUCACUGAUUUCCAGUUUGGCUGUCUUAUAAAUCAGCCUGCAAAUCUGACUCCAUAACAGGAAUCUUUACCUCCUGAAGCUAGAGGAAGAAUUGCCCAGAUGGGUUAAAUAAAGCAGGAAAUCAUGUGGCAGUGAGCCAUGUGCUUUUAGGGUGUCCGCAGAAGUCCUGAAGUACAGGCAAUCCUACACUAAGAAGCCACAGCUGGCCUGGCCCCUUACUACCUUGGUCUCCUUGACACUGGGGACCCACCUUUUGCAGAGUUCCAUCUGCUGGGGUUUGAGAACGGCAUUAGCUAUGAAACAAAAUGGCUGAGAAGAUGUGCCAACCCCUGGGUUCUCUGGCACCUUCUCUGUAGUUAGAACUAACCCUCACAAUCACUUAAGCCUUUAGAUAGGUCUAAUAGCUGGCACUUGUCCUUCUUGGCCCUUGGAGGGAACAUAACCGUGGCCAUAAGUAACAGGAUAAGUAAAACCUGGGCCAGGCCCAGAGCCAGGAAGCCAGGCCCCAGGACAGAAAGGCUGACCCACUUCCACACAUAAGAGAGGAAGAGGCCCAAGCCUCCGGCUAGCAGCACAGAGGACAUUGCCAAGAAGCCCACUGCCAGCUGCCACUCUCCCUUGUCACCAUUGCACCAGGCGAGGAGGAGAGGCAGGGGGACAAAGAGUGUGAGGACCAGGGCACCGUAUACGCCAAGCCUGGCCAGCGCCAGGCCAAUCUGAGACACACCCCAGGCCUCUAACUCAGGGAAGUGGUGACACUGGAGAGAGCCAGUGUCCUCGUUCCACAGGCAGAAGUUGUAGAAGCCAAUUCUCAGGUCGGGCAGGUCAGCGAGGUUGCCAGCCUUCCAGAGGAGAGCGUAGAACAGCAGGGAGAUGACCACAACUGUCAGGAUCAUGAUGCCCACGAAGGAUAGAUGGUUGCCCCACAGUGGCCUGGGGAUGGCCAUCUCUCCUGCCCUUUUCAGGGGACCUGAGGGAAAGUCACACCAGUGAGUGUCCAGCUCUCCCUCUCUGCUCACGCCCUGCAUCUUCUCAAGCUCCUGACCUCCCCCUGGCAAACUUAUUCUAACCCACCUACCAGGACAGCAAGUCCCAGGUAACCUACAGCCAGGACCCACUCACAAGACAUCAGCUGCCCCUUGGAUUUGAGGUCAGGAGGAAGAGUCCCUCCUAGGCAGCUGUGAAGACCUGAAGAGUCCCCACUGAAGUGCUUUUGGGUUAAAGGAUUUGCUCAGCCUAAAAGCCAGAAGCCAUAGAAAGCAUUCUUGGGGGAAUUUCUCACAUCCUUAUAGAGGGUGGGUAUUGACAAGGUGGAGGACAAGGCUCACUGUCAGCAGGGUCCUGAAGGUGAAGGAAGGUAUGGAAGACCCAUGGAGACAUGGCUCUCACCACAGCUACAGAGAUACCCACCUGGAGAGCUAUAAAAGCCACACCUCAAUCGAAUCUAGACUUCUGGAUAUGAGGUGGGCACUGGUGUAUCUUCAAAGCUCUGCAGCUUCCUAGGAUAUGAGCCUGGGCUGAGGAUCGCUGCCAGACUCUCUCUGUAAUGUCAUCUGCCCUGCUUUGGGAACUCAUUAUUGGGACAUACAUGAUGUCACCCGGUGAUGAAAUCUCAUCCCAGCACUCAUUACUUUUAAAACAUCUAUAGUUUUUUUUUUUAAUUUCCUGAAAACAACAGUAAUAUAUACUAGUUCUAGGAAAUUUAGAAAAUGUUUUUUAAAAAGCCCUUUUAUCCCACCAUAUACAUAGAACCACUGUUAAUAUUUCACUAACAUUUCCCAUAUGCUGAUGUAUUUUACAAUAACCAUUGUGUUGCACAUGACACUCUUUUCACUAAAUAGUCCAUGUCGUAGAUUUAUCCUUUACACUAGCAAUUGACAAGUUGUUUCCAUUUUUCACCUUUGUGAUAGUGAAGAAGCUUAUAGGAAUCUUGCUUGGAAUCUGACUUUUUCCUGGGUUAGAUAUCUAGAAGAGCCAUCACAGGGUCAAGGUAGCUUAUCAUAGCGAUCCUAGGGCAUCUUGCCAAACUGACCUAUAGAAAACUUGCUAAUUGUGGUCUUUCUAGAUGUAUGUAAAUGCCCAUUUCAUUACACUCCUCAUUAUUUUUAAAAAUUUACUACUUUUUUUACUCAGAAGAGUGUUUUUCAAAUUGGCCUGUAAAACAGUAUAGUCUGCACACUGGGGCUUCAUCUGUGUGCAUUUUCCAUGUGAAUAAACCAGCCAUUUACGUCAGGGGAUAUAAGGGACGCCUAGCUGCAAAUUUGUGAGAUGCAUGCACUGGAGCCAGAGUACCAAGUGGUGCCCUGUGAGCCUUGGCCAGCAAUGCCAGGUGGGAUCCAGCUGUGAAGUGUGUGGCAGCCAUUGGUGACCUGGGGAGGAACCCAGAGACCCUGGGGCUCAGCUCCUCAGGGGACCCCCUGGGGAGCAGCCCUCCUUUCCCUCAGCUGUCUGAUUCUAUAUGCUGAAUUUGUUCUGCAAAAACAGAAAGGGACCAAGUGGAACAAAGAGCAUGGGUCAGGCUUGGAGAGAAGGCAGUUCCAUUCAAAGGACCCAAAUGAAGGCCAGAAAUGAGAACAGGGAUUCAUCAGAGAUCCUUUGACAGAGACCUGGUGCUGAGCAAGCCCUUGUUAGGACAUUGAGCACCUGAAUCUGUGCUGCCUCCACCAGGCCCCUGGCAACACUGAGUAGCCUGCUCUGCUCCUGCUUGUGCUUUCCUUCCCUCCAGACAGAGAUGGCAGUGACACUCGGAAACAAAGUAUGAGGGACCAUCUCAGCUCAAGCCUCAGCAGCUGCCCCUCUGCAGUACCUUAUUGUUUAAAGUCUCUGGAAACUCAAGGGGCAGAAGGCCCCCCUUUGAAUGUAGUUGGAGAUUCUUGGAGCAUUGCUGCUUGUUCAUCAACACUCUAAAAGGUGACUGAAUCCAACUGUUCUCCAAUGGUAUGAUGAAAAGUUUAACCAGUCCAGCCCUUGGUUUGAGAAAAUUCCCAAUGUAUUUUGCAUGGUUUUGAAUAUUUGACAACUUUAGUAAAAGCCUAUGUUUCUAAUGGGAUUUGGUAUUUUGGGAAGUGGGAUGGAUUUCGAGAGUGGGGACCUUGAUUUACACUACCAUGCUACAGAAAUUUGCCUGCAUUGCCCUGGAACGAAGCAGGAUGGGAGAGAGGAUACUGUGUUUGAAUGCUUCCUCCCAUUUCUCCUGUUUGAAUCCUGAUUCAACUGGCUUCCAAAAAUCAUUACUAUUAAACAUUUUGACUUGAA